AUGGACAAUUACCCUCAGCCGGCGUCGUCCAACGCGACGUCCGGGCUCGUCGUCCACCUCAUUCCCGGGACGCCGUCGCGCUCGAUGUCCGUCGUCGCGUUCGCGCAGGGGUUCGAGUUAGCGGCGGGGAAGGAGGAGAUCUUGGUCGCGAACACGUGCGCGUACGCGGCGCCGCGGCCGCUCGUCGCGUUUGCCUUUCGCGUCCACGCGCACGCGUUGGGUCGGAACGUCUCCCUGGAGUCGCUCGUCGGCGGUCACAACCCGGAUCCGAGGGCGGAGGUGACGACACUUAAAACGAAAACGCUCUCGGAUGGUCCGUUUCAGUUUCAUGCCGCGCCCGUGAUGCGCGCGAGCCGCGACUCGCGCCUGCCGCAGAUGUUCGAAGAGCUCUCCGAGGCGGCGGCGUUCGCUCUGCUCCCCGGGAGUAAAGUACGCGUCACGUGCGCGUUCGAUACCACCUCGCGCGACGCCCUCACGCGCGCGGGGUGGGGCCACGACGACGAGAUGUGCAACCUGUACCUCAUGGUCCACGCGGAGGAGCCGGUGUACCUGGGGUGCGUCGGCGACGCGAGGUACGGCGCUGGGCCUCACGGCGUCGCUGCGAGGAUGACCGUGGAACACUCGCCCAAGGUGAGACUGGUUCCCAUACGACCCCAUUGGCGUGGUGAACGCCGAUCCUUAAGGACUUUUCCCGUCGUCUCUCUCCGCCCACACCUCGCUUUCAAUACCCGACCGCGAUGCCUUUCAACUCCGACUGACGCCUUUCAACUCCACCCCGACAUCAUCUUCAAGGACGCGCGGGGCGGCGGCGGCGGCGGCCGCGGCGGCGGCGUCGCGCCGGACCCUUCCGAGCUGCGCGCUCACGUCGUCCCGCCGCCGUCGAGAAGAAAGUCGUGGCCGAGAGAGAUUGGGCAGGUGGGCGGCGUCGCGGUGGAGCCGGACGGGCGGCACGUGUGGGUGUUUCACCGCGCGUCGCGGGUCUGGGACGCCGCGUCCUUCGUCGACGAUGAGUAUACGAUGCCUCCCGGGACGCCGCCGAUCGAGGAGGACGUCGUCGUCCGCGUGUGCGCGGUCACCGGCGACGUCGUCGCGUCGUUCGGCGCGGGGAAGCACUACAUGCCUCACGGGAUCUCUUUGGCGCCGGACGGGCACGUGUGGGUCACGGACGUCGGGUCGCACGCGGUGUCGAAGUACGACCCGGCGACGGGAGAGGAAGUGGCGAGGUUCGGAGAGAGGAGGAGAGAGGGGGACGACGACGGCGGUAAGACGCGGUUCUGCGCGCCCACGGACGUGGAGGUCGCGGAGGACGGGUCGUUCUGGGUGACGGACGGGUACUGCGGCGACAGAGUCGCGCGGUUCGACGCGAACGGCGCGUUCAUCUCGGAAUUCCGCGGCGGCGGCGGCGGCGGAAACGAGACGGCGAGACCGAAGACGUUUUCGGUGCCGCACGGAAUCGCGCUCGACAGCGCGAACGGCCGUCUGUUCGUCGCGGACCGCGAAAACGCUCGCGUCACCGAGCACGACCUCUCCGGCGCGCUCCUCCGCGCGCAUGACCUCUCCAAGCACGGCUACGUGUACGACGUCGGACUGAUCAAAGACGAGAGCCGCGGUAUGAACGGGUUUUACGCGUUGUGUUGGCGGCGCGACGCCGCCGCCGCCGCCGCGCCGGUUCGCGUCGCCGCGACGUGGGAGCCGAUCGGCGGCGGCGGCACCGCGCUCACGACGACGAGCGCGCACUGGGACCUCCCUCCCGGCGCGGUGACGCACCCGCACGCGCUGUCGGUGUUCCCCGGCGCGGUCGGCGGCGCGGACGCGUGGGGUUUAGGCGUCGGCGUCUUCGUCGGCGAGACGCGACCGUCGCUCGGCGCUCCGUCGCUCAGACGUCUGUGGAUCGGGAAGGCGUUCGACGCGAAGACGAACGUCGUGGCGCCGCCCAGGGGCUGGAACGCGAGCGCGGUGGCGGAGAGGGCGGCGGCAGCGGCGGCGGCGGCGGCGAAGAAGAAGAAGAGGCCGCUCUCCGACGACGACGCGGACGACGUCGUCGAGGACGCCGACGCCGCCGCCACGUGGGUCGGAAGCGCCGGCGCCGCGGACGUCGACGUCGUCGAAACCCCCGCGUCGUCGACGUCGACGACGCCGACGCCGUCGUCCACCGACCGCCCGCCGACCACUUUUGAUCGCGAAGGACGGCUCCCCGCGCCGCAGCACGGCGGCUCGCGCGCCGCGGGGUUCGACGGCGUCGUGACGGAGACGACGCCGGGCGGCGGGCCCGGGGAGGGGCGGUCGGGGUGGGCGAAUUUAUUGGCGUCGCCGCCGCGGACGGCGUUCGUCUCGGCGUUGAUCUUGGGGGCAGACGUAUCAGCUGUUGAAAGGGACGCCGGGUGA